AUGAAACCGCCUUUAAGGUUAUACUUAUUGGCUGCUGAGGAGUCCAUUGGGACUUUAUUGACGCAAAAUAAUGAGUGGGGAAAGGAACAUGUUGUUUACUGUCUUAGUCGAGUACUCACUCCAGUGGAAUGUAGGUACACUCCAAUUGAAAAGUUAUGUCUUGCUUUGUAUUAUUCUGCAAUGAAAUUAAGAAUGUACAUGCUUCCAGUUGUUGUGUACAUUGUUUCUCAAACUAAUUUGAUUAAGUAUAUGCUAUCAAGGCCUUUGAUUACUAGAAGGAUUGGAAAAUGGUCAUUGGCAUUGAUGGAGUUCAGUUUUAAGUAUAUUCCACAGAAAACAGUCAAAGGACGUACAUUGGCAGAGUUUCUGGCUGAUCACCCUUCCACUGAAAUAGCAACGAAAAUGUGUGACGAGGUGGAUAGUCUCUACCUCGAACAUUCUUCGUGGACAUUACUCUUUGAUGGUUCAUGUAUUAGCGACAGAGGAGGAGCUGGAAUUAUCAUAAUUUCUCCAAGGAAAUGGAAGACUUCAUUUUCUUUCUUUUUAAAUUAUUUAUGUACUAAUAACCAGAAUGAGUAUGAGUCACUCAUAAUUGGUUUGGAAAUUCUAUUAGAAAUGAAAGCCAGAAGUGUACUUACCAUUGGAGAUUCCAAGCUCGUGAUCAACCGAUUGGCCGAUGAAUACAGAUGCCUUAGUCAUCAUCUGAGUCCUUUCCAUUUCUUGGCCUUACAAUUACUGGAUCAAUUUGAUGAUUAUCAGUUACAACACUUGCCAAGACACCUGAACAAAUAG